AUGAAGACCCGUUUCAGUACUUAUGAUAUAAUUUGCGGAGUCGCUGAACUUCAAAAGUUGGUCGGCUGGCGAAUAAAUCAAAUAUACGACAUUGAUAACAAAACGUACCUUUUCCGCCUGCAAGGAAAUGGAGCAGUUCAGAAGAUCACGCUUUUGAUCGAGUCUGGUAUUCGCUUUCACACAACCAAGUUUGAGUGGCCCAAAAAUGUGGCUCCUUCUGGCUUCAGUAUGAAGUUAAGGAAACACCUAAAAAAUAAGCGCCUGGAAAAAGUUAGUCAAUUGGGUGUGGAUCGAAUAGUAGAUUUUCAAUUUGGAAGUGGCGAUGCAGCCUAUCAUGUUUUACUUGAACUAUACGAUCGCGGAAAUUUGAUUUUGACGGAUUUUGAAUUAACAACACUUUACAUCCUUCGGCCACACACUGAAGGGGAGAAUAUACGCUUUGCUGUCCGUGAAAAAUAUCCCGUUGAACGUGCUAAGCAUCAAGAUGACGAAUUUUCACUGGACCUUUUGGCAGACCUACUGGAAAAAGCCCCUCCUGGCGUACAUUUGCGACAAAUAUUAAUGCCGGUUUUAAAUUGUGGCCCUGCCGUCGUUGAGCAUGUUCUUCUUUUACAUGAUUUAGAAAAUCGUGUAAUGCCGCAGGGGACCACUUCAAACGAAGAUAGACCAGAAGAGCCUUUAAAAAAGGCCCAAAACACAAAAAAACAACGAAAGGAGCGAAACCUACAAAAUGCUAAAUCGGAAGUAAAGGUUUUUGACUUGGUAAAUGAUCUACCAACUCUAAAAAUGGCUGUAAAGAGUGCGUUGAAUCUUAUUAAAGAUGGAAACAAUGGUGAAUCCAAGGGAUAUAUUAUUCAUGUAAAAGAGGAAAAACCAAUAGAAGACGGAAAAAUUGAAUAUUUUUUAAGAAAUAUCGAAUUUCAACCGUUCCUCUUCGCUCAAUUCAAAGAUAAUGAAUUUACAAUGUUCGAAUCCUUUUUGGAAGCUGUCGAUGAGUUUUAUUCGACUCAAGAAUCGCAAAAGAUUGAUAUGAAAACGCUGCAACAGGAACGUGAAGCCUUAAAAAAGCUUUCCAAUGUAAAAAAGGAUCAUGCAAAGCGACUGGAGGAGCUAACUAAGGUGCAAGAUGAUGACAAAAAGAAAGCCGAACUAAUUACUUCUAAUCAAAGCUUGGUAGAUAAUGCGAUUCGGGCCGUCCAGUCUGCCAUUGCAAGUCAAUUAACUUGGCCAGAUAUCCAUGAGCUGGUCAAAGAGGCUCAGACAAAUGGUGAUGUUGUUGCUAGUUCGAUAAAACAGUUAAAAUUAGAAAUAAAUCAUAUAUCUUUGAUCCUCAGUGAUCCAUAUGUUAGUCAAAACGAAAAAGACUGUCAAGAGUUGACCGUUGUGGACGUGGACUUAGCUUUGUCAGCCUGGGCUAAUGCUCGCCGCUACUACGACUUGAAACGUUCAGCAGCUCAAAAAGAACAGAAAACUGUUGAUGCUUCUCAAAAGGCGCUCAAAUCUGCCGAGCGUAAAACGCAACAAACGCUUAAAGAAGUAAGAACUAUAUCGAACAUAGUUAAGGCACGAAAAGUGUUCUGGUUUGAAAAGUUUUAUUGGUUUAUAAGUUCGGAAAAUUUCUUAGUAAUUGGAGGAAGAGAUGCGCAGCAAAAUGAACUGAUUGUGAAAAGAUACAUGCGUCCGAAAGACAUAUAUGUGCAUGCCGAAAUUCAAGGCGCUUCCAGCGUUGUUAUACGGAAUUCAACUGGAGAAGAUAUACCUCCUAAAACUUUAGUAGAAGCCGGUUCUAUGGCCAUUUCAUACAGCGUUGCUUGGGAUGCCAAAGUGGUUACAAAUUCUUAUUGGGUAACCAGCGACCAAGUUAGUAAAACUGCUCCAACGGGAGAGUAUUUGGCAACGGGCAGCUUUAUGAUCAGAGGCAAAAAGAACUUCUUACCCUCUUGCCACCUCACGAUGGGACUUAGUUUACUUUUUAAACUAGAAGAAAGUUUUGUAACACGCCAUUUGGGAGAGCGUAAGGUUCGAAGCAUAGAUGAUGCUCCCUUCGAAAAUAGUUUCAAACAAAACGAUUUAACGGAUAUGUUAUUAAAUGAAGUUAACGAAGAUUUGGAAACGCCGCAGGUUGUGAGCAUACCUGAAGAAGAUCACAGAAAUGAUAACUCUGACUUUCCCAAUACUGAAGUAAAGAUUGAGCAUGACACUGGUCGAAUAACAGUAAAACCGAAUUCAUUAAAUGUAGAGGACAAACCAUUUACCGAUGAGGAAACAUCCAUUAUAUUAGCUGGACCAAGUCGCAAAAAGCAACAAAAUGCCAAAAAAAAUAAAGAAAAUAAAGCCCGAUCGUCCCACCCAGAAAUAAAGCUAUCAGAUAAAGGAUCCUUAGAUGCAGAACCAAGUGUCUCAUCCCAAGUUAAGCGAGGUCAGAAGGGAAAAUUAAAAAAGAUGAAAUCAAAAUAUAAAGAUCAAGAUGACGAGGAACGUGAAAUCCGUAUGAUGAUACUUAACUCGUCAGGGAAAGGAAAAGUGUGCAUCAAUACUAGCAAAGACGUUGCAAAAUCUGUUUCCGCAAAUGAAGAAGAAAAGCCUAAGAAAAUUGUCGUUCCCAAUCCUAAAAACCAAAUGGAAUUGGACGAAAAUGAUGAUAUGCCUGCUGGAGUUGACAUGGAUAUACUGAACAGUCUAACUGGACAGCCGAUUGAAGGCGAUGAGUUACUCUUUGCCAUUCCAGUCGUUGCUCCAUACCAGGCAUUGCAACACUAUAAAUUCAAAGUGAAGCUCACACCAGGUACCGGAAAACGAGGAAAAGCUGCGAAAUUGGCACUCAAUAUCUUUGCAAAGGAGAAGACUUGCAAUAGUCGGGAAAGAGAUUUACUGAAAAGUAUAAAGGAGGAGUCCCUGGCCAGAAAUAUUCCAGGAAAAGUUAAAAUAUCGGCUCCACAACUACAAAAGUUGAAAAAAUAAAAUAUGUACAUAUUUAUAUAACUUUGUUAAUACAGUAAAAAAAAAAAAAUAAACGGGCUCGUCUGUUUUAAAAACAGACAUUUAAAUAUUCAUA